AUGAACCAUAAUCAGAAGAGGAAGACACUGAUAUUGAUCGUAGUGGUAUCAACAGCUUCUGGGUUGCUUGUCCUCAGCUUGUUAACUUGGUGUAUAAUUAAGAGGAGGAGAAAGAAAAGAGGUGCGGAAACUAAGAAUGAAGACAUUGAGUUAUCGUUUUUUGAUUUAGACACUAUUGUGAAUGCCACUAAGAACUUCUGUUCCACAAAUAUAAUCGGGGAGGGUGGUUUUGGUCCUGUUUACAAGGGUAAGUUAACAACGGGACACGAAAUAGCAGUCAAGAGGCUUUUGAAGAAUUCUGGACAAGAUCAGAAUAAAGGACUAGAACUUCCAUGGGAAAAACGAUUUGAAAUUGCUAUGGGCAUAUCAAGGGGACUUCUCUACCUUCACCAGGACUCAAGAUUAAGAAUCAUUCAUAGGGAUCUCAAAGCCGGCAACAUUUUACUAGAUGAAGAACAAAGUCCCAAAAUUUCAGACUUUGGGAAAGCAAGAAGUUUUGGGAGAGAUCAAAUUGUUGCCAAAACAAAGCGACUAAUAGGAACAUAUGGUUACAUGUCACUAGAAUAUGCCAUUGAUGGGAAAUUUUCAGUAAAAUCUGAUGUCUUUAGUUUAGGUAUGCUUUUAUUGGAAAUGGUGAGUGACAAGAGGAACGGGAAAUUUCACCAUCCUGAUCACUAUCAUUCGCUUUUGGGACAUGCUUGGCUGCUGUGGAAUGAACACAAAGCCCUGGAACUAAUGGAUCCAUGUUUGGAAAAUUCUUACAUUGAAUCUCAAGUGCUAAGAUGUAUUCAAGUGGCUUUACUAUAUGUUCAGAAACUGUCAAAAGACAGACCAAUCAUGUCAUCGGUUGUAUUCAUGUUGAGUAACGAGGGGGUGACAUUUCCUCAUCCCAAAGAACCUGGUUUCUUUGUAGAAAGAAGUUCCAUUGAUGAAGAGACAUCAACAAGUGAUGGAUGCCAUUCCGGAAAUAAAUCGACAAUGACAAUAAUGGAAGGAAGAUAA